UCCCGCACACAGGCGUGAACCAAGCCGCCGACCCGAACAAAACAUCGUGUUCCCAGUUCCCACCUCAACUACUGCCACCGAACCUUCACCACCAUCGGAGGAAGCAACCAGCGGGGACCGGCCAUGGCGGCUGCGGCUGCGAAGAUAGCGCCGUCGAUGCUGUCGUCGGACUUCGCCAACCUCGCCUCGGAGGCCGAGCGCAUGCUCCGCCUCGGCGCCGAUUGGCUCCACAUGGACAUCAUGGAUGGGCACUUCGUUCCUAAUCUGACUAUUGGGGCUCCAGUGAUCCAGAGCUUGAGGAAACACACCAAAGCAUAUUUGGACUGCCAUCUUAUGGUCACAAACCCUUCAGAUUAUGUAGAACAACUAGGAAAGGCUGGCGCCUCAGGGUUCACAUUCCAUAUAGAAGUAGCCAGAGACAACUGGCAAGAGCUCAUCCAAAGCAUUAAAUCAAAGGGUAUGCGGCCUGGUGUAUCAUUGAGACCAGGUACUGCGGUGGAGGAAGUUUUUCCCCUGGUGGAAGCGGAAAAUCCGGUAGAAUUGGUUCUUGUGAUGACAGUUGAGCCUGGCUUUGGUGGCCAGAAGUUCAUGCCAGAAAUGAUGGAUAAGGUCCGUACACUGAGAAAGAAGUACCCUUCCCUUGACAUCGAGGUCGAUGGUGGUCUAGGUCCUUCAACCAUCGAUGUCGCCGCAUCUGCCGGGGCCAACUGCAUCGUCGCUGGAAGCUCCAUAUUUGGCGCCGCUGACCCAGGAGAUGUCAUAUCGGUGCUAAGGAAGAGCGUUGAAGGAUCUCAGAACAAAAGCUGAAUUGUAUGCUCUCAGCUGUUUCUGCUGUAAACACUGCACGUCAUUCAUACGAAUCCCCGGAUUGCACCAAAAACUGUUGAGCGAGAAUAAAAUUUGCUCUUGGCACUGUUGCUACUGUCAUGUAACUGCAUUCCCUUUUGAAAGAAGACGUAAAGCUGAAGUUUCCCUUUUGUAAA